AUGAUAGCGUUGGUGGGUGGGUUGUUUGGGGACAAUACAAUUUGUUUAUGAUUUCUGUUUUAUUUUAUUGAUAGAGACCCUGGGGAGGUAAAUGCCAUCAUGGCCCUGCUAUGGAUGUCUGCUUGGAGACGAUUGAUUGGUUUGGCAUUUGAUCUUGGGGGGAUAGACUGAUGAGAGAGGAGAGGCAGAGAGGGCCUCCCUCCAUCCUCUCAUCCCUCCCUCCCUCCCUCCCCUUCUCUCCAUACUCAUCCCUCCCUCUCUCCAUCUCUACUUCCCUCAUUCCCCCCAUCCCACUUGCUGCUGUAUAUCUCUCACUGUCUCGUUCCACUGUAAGUGCCUCUUUAAAGCCCUGGGAAUUUGUGAUUUUGGGUUUAAUGAAUUCGUCUGGCACUCUAUUGUGUUAAGAGCCACAUAAAUGGUUGGUGGUCGUUCUGGGGGAUCAUAAUGUAUCCUGUCUGCGGUCCUCGCUGGUAAUUCCUGUUGGAUCAUCAUUCUCCUCCCUCUGAAAUAAUGCAGUGGACACUUUCUCAUUUACUAAGUAGCCCGGCUGAGGUCGCACAGACCAACUCUUUUCACUUUAAGUCAGCCGGCACUGAGCCAACUGUUUAGUAACACACAGGUACAUGUACAAAGCGUAAAAUACCAAAUCCACUAAGUGGGUGAUGAAUGAAACAGAAUCAUCUGCAUGAUCAUUGCAUGUCGUCCAGGCCUACAGUGUGAACGGAUGAGGGAGAAUAUUGUAGAGAGUGAUAGGAUUUCUCUGAAUUAGCCCAUGCAGUUCAACAUCAAUCACUGCAGCAAUUAGAACUCAGAGGUUUAGAAGACUAGUGGGUGGAUAUAUAGUGAGGAGGAGGACAACAGGGGAGGGAGAUGUUGCCAAGGCCAACCAGCUGGAGAGAGGUUUUUGGACAGUCAACACUGCCACUCAGUGGAUAUAAAGGUGUACAUGCAAACAAAGCGAGAAAGAGAAGAAAGCUUUCUUGGUCUGAAACUAGGCUUGCAACUUUGUUGCAGGUUUUCCAGAAAUCCUGUUUGGAAGAUUCUGGAUCUCAUAUGUAUUCCUUCCUUGCUCCCUUUUUUUUUUUAGGAAUCUUCCAACUGGGAUUUCUGUGAAACUGUGGUAAUUAUGGGAAAGUUACCCUACCUGAAACCCAGUAAGCAUUGUCGGAUCUCUGAGUAUGUAACAAUGUUUAAUGUAGUUAAAGUUUGGCUUCAAUUGAUUGCAAUAGAAAAAGUAAGGGCAUCACUAGAUGCCAAUUCACCAAACUAACUGGAUUCUAAUUCGCCAAACUAACUGGAUGCUAAUUCACCAAACUAACUGGAUGCUAAUUCACCAAACUAACUGGAUGCUAAUUCGCCAGACUAACUGGAUGCUAAUUCGCCAAACUAACUGGAUGCUAAUUCACCAAACUAACUGGAUGCUAAUUCACCAAACCAACUGGAUGCUACUUCGCCAAACUAACUGGAAGCUAAUUCGCCAAACUAACUGGAUGCUAAUUCGCCAAACUAACUGGAUGCUAAUUCGUCAAACUAACUGGAUGCUAAUUCGCCAAACUAACUGGAUGCUAAUUCGCCAAACUAACUGGAUGCUAAUUCACCAAACUAACUAGAUGCUAAUUCACCAAAAUAACUGGAUACUAAUUCACCAAACCAGCUGGAUGCUAAUUCGCCAAACUAACUGGAUGCUAAUUCACCAAACUAACUGGAUGCUAAUUCACCAAACUAAAAACAUUUUGGAAAACACUGCUGGGCAGUAGCCUGCAAUAUCUCAGUCAUGUUCACACAGGUUAGUUCUUAUUGGCAUAAUAUAGGAACAAGUCAUUGGGUAAGUUUCAUUUAUUACGACUUGCAAGACGGCUUUCAAGUAAACAAGUAAGAGAGCUUGCUAGCUAGUUAGCCAACGUUAUCAUGCUAGCUAGGGUCCUUGCUAUCCAGAAUCCUUACCUCUGACCUGACGCUUCCGAGUGUAUCAGAGAUAUGUAAAUAAUGAUGAGAUGUUCAUGUCUCCGCCUGGUCGCCCUAACAAUAGGAGUUGUUGUCCCAAAGGCUGGAAGGCAGGCGACAAGCUUAUGUCCAAAAUAAGCCCAUAGAAACACAUUGGUCUUAUUUUGGACAGAUUUUGGAGAGUGAAACCUCUCGCUUCUCCUCUUCCUCCCUGAGUGUAGCUAGAAUAUACCUUUCUAUCUCUGGAAUAGAUGCCAGAAACGGAAGAGUCCGUUGAAUAAAAUUAGUCCGCCUGGUUGGUCCCUCUACCAUUGGAAAUUUGAGACAUUUCCACAGGGGUGUGUUUUUAAAGAAAACUUGUUUUUUUAAACGCGGUUACAUGCAUGACUCUCACUGCGUGUUUCUUCACCUGUGUUUGAACACCUGACUCAUGCGCACACACUGCUAAGAGAGAGAGAGACUGAAUGGAGAGACUGUAUUGCCAUAAAAGGUUAAUAUAGCCAUGUCAUUGUUUACCUACUAGCUACAACACCUCACCCAUCAAAAUGAUAAAAUAAGAGUCCAAGAUGUUCUGCAGGAGGCGGAGGCUAUGGCUGAAGCCAGGGACUGGAUUCUGGACUGCAUCCCAGCAAGGUGCUCACAACCUGGCUUCAUUCCAGCAAGCCUCCCUGCUCCCCCAGAGAAGCUCCGGGGCCUGCUGUUCCCGUUCAGUUACCUGGAGCCCCACCUGGCUAGUUCAGUGUACACACUACCACAAUAAACAUAAAAAUUCAAAUACCGAAGACUCCGAGACUGCUUGAGGUCGGCGCAAGGCCAUUUUUGUAAUGAACAUAGGCUACACGAUAGAUAGGCUGGUUGUAAUAGGUGAAUUACCUUAUGUGACUGCAGCCGUACGUACAGCUGUCUUACCAAAAUUAUACAAACUAAAUGCUUAAAGUAGUAGCCUAGUCAUUCAUGCAAGCAAACACAAAUAAUGAAUAGCAGUUUGGCUUAGAAUGCCUACACAUCUGAGAAUGCGAAAAAAUGAAGGUCAACAGUACAAAACAUCGGUAUCAAGUAGGCCUAGUAAACUAAAUAUCAGAUGGAUAAAGGCAUGACAAUCUAUAUUUAGGCUAGUUACAUUAGCAGUAAACAAACGCAGUAAACAAAAGGUGAAUGGAGAUCCAGAUAACCACAACAUAGCCUACAGCCUACUACAGUGAGAUGCAGCCAUGCACAGAUGUCUUGUCAAACAAAUAGGCCCAUUAGCCCCCGUUCAAACAUGGAAAACAGGCCGCUCAUGAGUACAGCAACACGUUGUGAUAUGGCACAAUACACUUCUGUGGAUCAAAUUCGACCCACGUAAUCAAUUAAGCAAUGCCAGCCUACCAUAAACACGUUUCCAAUACGUGCAGUUCCAUUUACAACCAGGAAAACCAAUAGGCUACCAAGACAACUAUAAUAGAAUGUAUCGAUUUCUAUGUUAAAACAUACCAAUAUGUAGCUAUACCCAGGGGUUUCAUUUGGGUUAUUGCAUUGGAAUUAUAUUGAAUUCUGCUUAUGUAAUGCUAUACCACAAACAUAAAAAGUUCAAAUGCCGACACCAUUGAGUGCUUUUGACUAAGAAGUUACAGGUUGGUGCAAAAAUCCCUGCUGUGCUCAAUGAGCACCAUGUCCAGCAGCCUACACACUAACGCAAGGCCUUUCAAAGGCAGAAUAAGGAAGUCAUUUUGCCAUUCCAUAUCCUAGAUUCAGUGGUGGAAAAAGCACCCAAUUGUCAUACUUGAGUAAAAGUCAAGAUACCUUAAUAGAAAAUUACUCAAGUAAAAGUGAAAGUCACCCAGUAAAAUACUACUUGAGUAAAAGUCUAAAAGUAUUUGGUUUUAAAUAUACUUAAGUAUCAAAAGUAGAUGUAAUUGCUCAAAUAUACCUACGUUUUAAAAGUUAAAGUUAAAGUAGAAAUGAUUUCAAAUACCCUAUAUUAGGCAAACCAGACGGCACAAUUGUAACGACUUCCUCCGAAGCUGCCUCCUCUCCUUGUUCGGGCAGGCUUCGGCGGUCGUCGUCACCGGUCUUCUAGCCACUGCCGCUCCGUAUCUCAUCAUUCCAUUUGUUUUGUCUUGUUUAUUACACACACCUGGUUCAUAUCCCCUCAUCAGUACCUGUAUAAGUGUUCCCUCUGUCCCCUUGUCUUUGUGUGUGAUUGUUUAUUGUGGAGGUUAGUGUAGCUUGGUGGAGCGCUUGUAUUUUGUAUCGCCGGGAUAUUCACCCCUGUGCCUUGUUGUUUCCAGUGCGCUGUAUAUUUCCACACUGGAGUGUAUGACGCAUUGCUGCGUAACGCUGUGUAAACGGAAUAAACCUGUUAUUCUGUGAUUUACCCUCCUGCGCCUGACUCUUUCAAAUCACAUCACCACAACAAUGUUCUUGUUUUUUAUUUAAGGAUAGCCAGGGGCACACUCCAACACUCAUACAUAAUUUACAAACGAAGCAUGUGUAUUUAGUGAGUCCACUAGAUCAGAGGCAGUAGGGAGGACCAGGGAUGUUCUCUUGAAAAGUGUAUGAAUUAGACCCUUCCAUUUUCCUGUCCUGCUAUGCAUUCAAAAUGUAACGACUACUUUUGGGUGUCAGGGAAAAUGUAUGGAGUAAAAAGUACAUUAUUUUCUUUAGGAAUGUAGUGAAGUAAAAGUAAAAGUUGUCAAAAAUAUAAAUAGGAAAGUCAAGUACAGAUACCCCAAAAAAUGACUUAAGUACUUUAAAGUAUUUUUACUUAAGUACUUUACACCACUGCCUAGAGUUUUGCUGAAAUGACGCCACUGGCUAUACCACCAAGAUUUAGAUAGAAAACAACCAGCUAGAUUAUUUCUUACCUUUUCAGAAGAGUUGCAGCCUCCUUGAUGUUCUGUGGAACUUCCUGAGUAAUCGAUCCAUUCUCCCCCAAAUCUUCUUGUAAGAUCCCCCUCAAAUGCCAGUUGGAUUAGUUGAGCUUUCCUCGGGUGUAGCAUGCUUCUUCUGUGCUGACUGAACACGUCUGUCAAUGCGGAAAAUUAGUUAUUGCAUGUAGCUGUGGACACCCCACUCAUGAGCCCUAUGAUUUCAUUUUGAAUAUCAUGUGACGUGGAUUUGGCAUUGUGGGGUAUGGUGCUAAACACCUUGGCAAGUUCCUUGUCUUUUCGGAGAGUAUAUUCCAUCAUAGACAAAAAAGUCCACUGGCCCCCACCCCUCUUGACUCUAUCGCAUUCAAUGCCCCCCUCAGUGGUUGCUGGUUUGAAUCAAUUAAUGUCCACAAUAGGCAACAAAUACAUGCAAUUUCUUGCCAGCUGCCCAUCAAGUGUUGACACCGAUGUUCCCAAUAGCACUUCGAAACUUGUUUUUCUUUCCACAGUGCAGUGCAUUACAAAUGCACUUUGUUUGAUGCCUGCCUAGCAAACCCUUUGGUACUAUCAAUAGCAUGCUUCCAGUUAGAAUACCCAGCUUGGGUGAAGGCCUUGUCUGCGUUAGCAUUGGACCCAACCAACACAGAACUUUUGACGUGGGAAACCAAACGCCACAUCUGCUGUAACUGAGUAUUCCAGCCACUCUGAACCAGUUGCUAUUAAAUUACUAUUUUCCUAUGAACCAGUUGCUAUUAAAUUACUCUUUUCCUAUGAACCAGUUGCUAUUAAAUUACUCUUUUCCUAUGAACCAGUUGCUAUUAAAUUACUCUUUUCCUAUGAACCAGUUGCUAUUAAAUUACUCUUUUCCUAUGAACCAGUUGCUAUUAAAUUACUCUUUUCCUAUGAACCAGUUGCUAUUAAAUUAAGGUUUUUGGACAGAAAACCUGGGAUAGUGUAGGAUUCUAAGCUAACCUGGGCUGGCUCCUCUGUUCCAAAAUCGUCAGGAACAGACGGAGUUGGAGGUAGCUGUGGAGCCAUUAUCUUUGCGGCACUUGUGGAAGGGUGGGUAGGCUAGCCGGAGCUCGGCAGCAUCAUCACUGCUGGGCUUAGUGUCAGCCUCGGUGGUUUGAUGCAGCUUCUCAACGCUCUCCUUCUCCUUUGUUUGGGUACUUUGGCAAAGCCAAUUUCUGAUAUCCAUCGUGGCAAUGGUAGAUUAGCUGGUUUGAGCUAGUUAAAUAGGCUAAGGCUGAUAUCCCUAAUGCCACUUAACUCUGUAGUGGUGGGUCAAGAUGGCAUAGCAGUGCGGUCGUGUAUUAUGUUGUGUCCUCAUGUAAAUAGCCUAGCUAAUUGCUAUUAGCUAUUGCUAUUAGCCACCGUUAGCGGUCUUCACCACUGUCCGUGGCCUGCACUACCUACCAGCCAGCUCUAGCCUGGACAAUUAUCGGCCAGUCUGCACAGCGUGCUAUCGACCCAGAGCAUUUAGGAUUUUCUGCUGGAAUCACUGAAUCACUGGACCUUAACACCGGAUCAUCACAACUAGCUAGCUGCAACCGAAUGGGUGUUGUUGUUGGCUAAUCACCACUAAUCACCACUUGUCCCAAAGCUAGCACCAGUUAGCCUUGAGCUAGCCUCGAGCCAGGCCCAUCUCCCGGCUAUCUACCUCUCUGUCAACCGGAAGGGACCUCCUAGAGUCGACAUGGAGCCCCGCCGAUCCAUCACGACUGGUCUGCCGACGUAAUCAUCUGAUGUGGUUUCAACAGGCUUCCCGUUGCGACGACCACGCUAGCACCGGCCAACUAGCACGCGCAAUCAACAGCCGUGCCUCCUGCUCGCCUGUGCUGUAGCAGCCUACGAACUGCUCCCGGACUUACCUAUUGCUGUUCACUGGACCUUAUGAUCACUCAGCUACACAUCUGAUGCCCGCUGGACUGUUCCUUUACACGGUACCCCAUCCUGUUUAUCUGUUUAGCCUCAGCCCAAACUUUCAUCGCCAUUACCAGUUGUUGUCUUAGCCCUCUCGAAUAACACCUGGGAUUGCGUUAUGCCUCUCUCCCAUGUCAAUAUGCCUAGCCUAUUGCUGUUUGGGUUAGUUGUUAUUGUACUAUUUCACUGUAAAGCCCCCAGUCUCGCUCAACCUGCCUCAGAUAGCUUCUUUAUCCCACCCCCCAUACACACGGAGACCAGCUGAAUCGGUACAUCCAGUGAUGUUAUCUCUUUCAUCUUUACCCAAUGCUUAGGUUUACCUCCACUGUACUCAUAUCCUUCCAUAUCCUUGUCUGUACAUAAUGCCCUGAAUCUAUUCUACAACGCCUGGAAAUCUGCCCUGUUUAUUCUCCAUACCCAACGUACUAGAAGGCCAGUUCUUAAAGCCUUUAGCCGUAUCCUUAUUGUUGUCCUCCUCUGUUCCUCUGGUGAUGUAGAGGUUAACCCAGGCCCUGUAGCCCCCAGUAUCACUCUUACUCCCCAGGCGCUAUCAUUUGUUGACUUCUGUAACCGUAAAAGCCUUGGUUUCUUGCAUGUUAACAUCAGAAGCCUCCUCCCCAAGUUUGAGUUAUUCACUGCGUUAGCACACUCUGCCAACCCUGAUGUUCUAGCAGUGUCUGAAUCCUGGCUUAGGAAGGCCACCAAAAAUUCAGAAAUUUCCAUCCCGAACUACAACAUUUUCCGUCUAGAUAGAACUGCCAAAGGGGGCGGAGUUGCAAUCUACUGUAGAGAUAGCCUGCAGAGCUCUAUCAUUUUUAUCCAGGUCUGUGCCCAAACAGUUUGAGCUUCUACUUCUAAAAAUCCACCUUUCCAGAAAUAAGUCUCUCACUGUUGCCACUUGCUACAGACCCCCCUCAGCCCCCAGUUGUGCCCUGGACACCAUAUGUGAAUUGCUUGCCCCCCAUCUAUCCUCAGAGUUCGUACUGCUUGGUGACCUAAACUGGGAUAUGCUUAACACCCCGGCCAUGGUUUUAGUUACCCUCCUCUCCCCUGUCACAGUGAUUUAUCCCCCGGCCCCGCUGGGAAGCGGCUCGCAGCAUCUUGUGUCAGACAGACUCCAUCUUGUGUCAGACAGACUCCAUCUUGUGUCAAACAGACUCCAUCUUGUGUCAGACACAGUGGCGGCUCCUGAAAAAAUUCUCAGGGGGGGCAAUUUUUCUGAUGAUUUAGGUGACCUACACACAUUUUAAAAAAGAUAUGUCCAGCAACAACAUGAAGACAGGGGCAGCAUAUAAGUCAAUACCAGAAGCAUUUAUUGACUGAUCUCAAAAGUGUUGGCUUACCAGGGUUGGUGGAGCCCUCAGUUUCAUCUUUGCCUCGCAAAGCUAACUCAAACACUCCGCAAAACUUCACACACUGGAUUAGCCGGCUGAGGAUGUGGCGGUUCUUGCUAAUGUCGUAGUAAAUAUAUUUGUUAUAGUGAAUAUGGAAUAUGAUAUGUUGAGUAAAAUGUUGUGCUAAGAUCUAUUUAGGUCAGGAGCUGGUUAUAAGUUCUGUUCCUAUCCAAUAACAAUGGACAAAAGGGUCCUAUCUUGUCAGCCUUGUCAGUUUCAGUUCUCCAGUAAACUUGUGAUUAUCAACACUAACCUCAUCGUUGUGGCGGCGGACAGCUAGCCUGUAUCCCUCAUCCAGUUGAGUGGGAAUGUUCACUCUCCCCAAAGCAGACAAUCUCAAACAGCUAUCCAUGUGGGUCUUUGACAGCUCAUGUUUCUUAAUCUUUCCUGAAAGAUGGUGCAUGUCCGUUACACACCAGUCGCUGUCCAAGCGGUGCUGUCUGCCGUGCCGCCUUCAGGGUGAAAGAGUAAGCAGGGGGUAGCAGAAGACUGCAUUAGCUACAUCGCAGCCUGCUAGCCAGGUUUUUCGUUAGUACCAAUUUUUGGAAAAUCCUCGGGUGUAGGACUUCCCCCCUUUAGUAGAAACCUGUUGAAUUAUUAAAUUUGGUCUGGGAGGUCCUAAUUGUUUCGUUGCCAAUUUAUCUUCAUUUGUUCGCCGACAAAAAGGAACUUCUUUCAAAGACACAAUCGAGUUGCACUGAAGCCUAGCCAUUUUGAUAGUAGUAGUGAAUUGAUUGAUGAGGCUACCCGCUCUUUUCUUAGUUACGUUCAUGGUUAUGUUACGUAUGACGAAAGCGCGUAAGUGCAAGCCCUCAGAAACCCAUAGAGAUUGUAUUGAAAGCUCUGAUAUUUGAAAAAAAUAGAUUUUACAUGGGAGUCUAUGACAGACUUCUGGGCGAUUUUCAACCUGACUGAAAUCGCCCCAAAAGGGGGGGGGGGGCAUUUGAAGCACGACUUUAGCCUGAUUGGACAUUUAGUGGCACUGUGGCAGAUCAGACGUCUAGAUUACAACACUGAUAACUACUGUUGCCGUGAUAUAAUUGAUUAGAAAAAAAAUCCCUUCCUUUUCCCGUUUGGCAGUGCGUCGCCCAUAUCGCCCUAUUGAACACACCGCCCCUGGUCAGACAAGACUCCAUCUUGUGUCAGACAGACUCCAUCUUGUGUCAGACAGACUCCAUCUUGUGUCAGACAGACUCCAUCUUGUGUCAGACAAGACUCCAUCUUGUGUCAGACAAGACUCCAUCUUGUGUCAGACAAGACUCCAUCGUGUGUCAAGACAUGGAAGGCACCAGUAGCUCUGAUUGUCCCCUGGGACUCCAGGGAUAUUACAGUAGCACACUGGCAUAUCUCUACAAAUGACUGCUUCACAGUGGCCUGUAACGGUGCUCUCAGCGUCACAUGAUUUGAACACUGACUCUCUAGGAACGACUGAUCUAGUUGUCAAAGAUCUAGGCCUACAUUCUUCAAGCCUCAACCUCCCGAGUGGCGCAGUGGUCUAAGGCACUGCAUCACAGUGCUAACUGUGCCGCUAGAGAUCCUGGUUCGAAUCCAGGCUCUGUCGUAGCAGGCCUGCACAAUUGGCCCAGGGUAGGGGAGGGAAUGGCUGGCAGGAAUGUAGAUCAGUUGGUAGAGCAUGGUGUUUACAACGCCAGGGUUGUGGGUUCAAUUCCCAUGGGGGGCUGGUAUGAAAAAAAUAUGUAUGUACUCACAAACUGUACGUUGCUGCUAAAUGACUAAAAUGUAAGUGAUAUUAAAAAUAUAUACUGUAAUAUUAAUUUAAAUGUUGUGAAGGUCCUCAUACCCCUUGGUUGUGUUGUAUUGUAAUAUUGCUCAUGGUGAUUGUGUGUUGUAUUUGUGUGUUGCUAGGUGUGUUUGAUCGGCAGGAGUAAUGUGGGAAAGUCCUCUCUCAUCAGAGUUCUGUUCUCCCUGGCUCUUGAGGUAGAGGUCAGAGACUCCAAAACACCUGUGAGUAAACUAAGAUCUGUUGUUUAUCUUCUAUGGGUUUUUUGGGGGGUCCUAAGUCUUCCUAUGGGAGAGAACUACUACUCUUUCAUUCCACACAUUCCCUAAAGUACUUUCACUACCUGGCACUUGACCAUCUCUCUCUCUCUCUCUCUCUCUCUCUCUCUCUCUCUCUCUCUCUCUCUCUCUCUCUCUCUCUCUCAGGGCCAUACCAGGAAGAUUAACUUCUUCAAGGUGUGAAAGGCUUUCACCAAGGUGGACAUGCCUGGUUAUGGACACAGGGCUCCAAAGGACUUUGUGGAGAUGGUGGAGCCCUAUCUGGAUACAAUGAAAAGUAGGAUAUUUAAGCUUUACAUUAUGCAGCCUUCAAUCAAUGUCCAGUAUGUAUUAUAUACAGUAGAUUGAAUGUCUGGUGAGGACGUUGCUAUUGGUAGAUUGGAGUGUUGGGCUGCAGGAGGCAGUCUGGUGAGGACGUUGCUAUUGGUGGAUGGAAGUGUCGGGUUGCAGGAGGCAGUCUGGUGAGGACGUUGCUAUUGGUGGAUGGAAGUGUCGGGCUGCAGGAGGCAGAUAUGAGGAGUUCAGUCGGCCUUACGUGGUGAGUGACAUACUGCUCAAUUAAUAUUGUAUAUGUGAACUUAUUAUAUCAUAUCUUUCAUCUGGGAUGAGGGCAUGUUGUUGGGCCCUGUGUAGCUCAGUUGGUAGAGCAUGGCGCUUGCAACGCCAGGGUUGUGGGUUCGAUUUUCCACGGGGGGCCAGUAUUAUUAUUUUUAUUUUUUUAUGAUGCACUCACUUACUGUAAGUCGCUCUGGAUAAGAGCGUCUGCCAAAUGACAAAAAAUGUAAAUGUUGUUGAGCAACGAUUUGCGUGCAGCUGUUUGGGUAUAUGUUAAGAGUACAGAAUCUUGCUGGCGUCUAGGUUUGUCAUGUAACCCUUUUCUCUCCCCCUCAGUAUGUAAUGUUCCAUCCCACUGACCGUAGGGAGCAUAUUAGUGUGGAGCUCUAACUCAGCUAUUUAAAAACGUCACUCCUCUCUAACCGCCAGUGGAUGCAGUGAUUCUAGAGUGCCCUGUCCCGUGCAUAAUACAUGAGGAUGUAAAGUAUUCAUGCUAUCAGGUUAUUAAGCACUUGGACCACAUAACUAAAAUUAAGUCAACUGGGUCCACCCAUCAUUUCCACUGGGUAUUAAAUAAAGCUCAUGUCAUCAGUGGUGGACACUGGGGCAGAUUUGGUGCAUGGGUUAUAACAUCAAUUUUUUGCUCUGGAAAAUGGGCAAACAGUACCUGAUUUGGAUUAGCCCAUUCAAGCUAUUCCAUUAAUUCAUGGUCAUGUAUCAGCAAGGUAUCGGUGUCAAACUGAUGCGGUGACCAAGAUGCAGAGUGUGGUGACCAAGAUGGACAAGUGCCACCAGGGGGUGCUGUUGACAAACCUGCUGCAACUUCAGGAUGUCAAUAACGCAGACCGUUGGCUGAUUCCCACAGCCCUUCCUGGUCAGGAGACACAGACACAGACACAGACUCACUACACAUUUUUGGUAAAUUGAGCGCCAUACACAUCCCCCUUUUUAGACCGACGAGUUGUGUGAAAUUGCCGUGUCAGAAUUACACAGGCGUCGUUGUUCUCUUCACAGUUAUGGAAGAGUGUUGGAACUCUUAA